UAUGAGUAAAGGUGACAAGUCUCAAAAUAUUUUUUAUUAUAAAGUUGAAACUCUUGACUAUUGGAAACAAACUAUAGAAAUAUUAUAAUUAUCAAUUGAAUUUGAUGUAUAUAUCUUCAAUUAAUUCAUAAUUAGUAAAAAUACAAAUUCAUUGCACCUACUUUAAUUGAAUAUGUAUUGGCCACUCUUCAAUUAAUGAUUUAAGUUAAAGGUCAAUAUAGCGAAGAUAGUUUCAUUAUUUAAUUCAUUUUAAAUGUUACUCAACGGAAGUCAAAAGAUCUUUUAUUUUACAAUCAUGUUAAGUCCUGCUGAAUUAAUCAAAGCAAAUUCUGAUCAAUUCUCAUUUUGCCUUAAGUUAAGAAAAUAUAUUAAGACCAAUUUAUCAAUGAAAGAGAAACUAAAAUUAAACCAUUAACCUUUUGUCUAACCUUUAGAUUAUUUUUAGAUUAAAAGGUUACUGUUGUUUCUAAAUUAAUGUAUAAUUCUUCAAAUAGUUUUAUUGGAAAUAGAAUUAGAGAACAAGCUGAUGAAUUAUCAAAUGAUAAAAUUCUUAAAAUAGGUAAAUUAUUAUUAUUAAAAUCUAUAUUAGUGUAAGACCUUAUGAUUUACUCAUUUAUUGUUAUGAAUUAUAAUCUUAAAGACUAUAAUAAUAACCUUAAUAAAUAAUUGCAACAUUUUCACCUUAGUAAUAAAAAGAUGAAGAAAUAUCAUAAAAAUAAACAGUUUAAACUAUUCAAUAAUAAUAAAAAUAAUCAAAAUAAAAUGAUCUCUAAUCGAAAAUGUAAGAAGUUGACUUAAUUCAUGGAAACCAAGUAUCUAACUAUAAUAAAUUAACCAUAUUUACAUAAUAGACUUAAGCUAAAUUAUCUAAAGUUUUAACUCAAGUAAUUACUUACUUAUUCUACUUUAGAUUAAGUAAGGUUAACAAUUAGAUGAAUCUGAAAUACAAGAUAAUGGAAUUUAUGAAUUCUUUUGA